UGUAAAUGGAUGUGUGCGCCUCUCGCAGAGCCACUCCCCAAUCAUUGCGAGACAAGAACAAAACAAAUCGUCUGGAUAUCCAUCCUGCCAUUCCCCUUCCUCUCUCUCUUCUUUCUCCAGGAAACACACCAUUCGCCCUCUAGUCUUCCUACUCCUGCUACCAGCGCCCUACCCUCAUCUCAGAUCCCCCCACCCAGCUUCCCUCCCCCUCCCCCUCUCCCGCUCCCAAACCUCGUGUUCUUCCAGCCAAACAUCGUAUUUCUUCUUCUGGCGCUGCAUCUGCGCGAUCCAGCGCUGUUUCGAGGCGGCGUGCGCGGCUUCGCAUUGCGCGCGCUGGUCUUCUGUCGUUUUGUCCAUGCACGGCGAUGA